UCGCUCGCUUGCGAGCUGCGAGACGUUCCGUUUAUCCCCUCUCGACCCUCUCCGUCUGUCAUACGGUUGAAAGGUGCACGCCGAGAGGCUGUGUCUCGCUCAAGUCGAGUGUCGUCCCGGCCGUGUUGUAUUUACAACGUCCUCGAAAACAAAGAAAAAGUUGUUCGCGCCGUAAAUCAGGACAUCACAAAAAUGUGUUAGAUUGUGUUCAAGUAGUGUUGUGUAAUUAUUAAAAAAAUGGGUUCCAAAAUCGAAUACGUUGAUUCAUCACAUUUGUACGCUACAAACUAUGUACGUAAUUCGAAAGCGAUCGGCGUGCUUUGGGCCAUUUUCACGAUCUGCUACGCGAUUAUAAACGUUGUUGCUUUCGUCACACCAGAGUGGAUCGGCGAUUUGGAUACAGAGUACCCUAGGAAGUUCGGCUUGUGGCAGAUUUGCAGAACCGACGAACUAGAAGAGUGCAAAGGAAAGCUCGAAGAUUUCUUAUCUAUAGACGGUCUUGUGUUCAAAAUAGCUACUGUUUUGGUCGGGGUGGCGGUAGCAAUGUCCUUGUUUACUAUCUGCGCGUUAUUAUUGUUCUUCUUCUGCCAAUCCACGACCGUCUUUCACAUUUGCGGGUGGAUCCAGCUGUUUUCGGCUCUGAGUCUGGUCGGCGGAGUGGCGGUGUACCCGGCCGGCUGGAACGAGACCUCAGUCCAGGAGACGUGCGGCCCCACAGCCGACCAAUAUAAACUAGGCGGCUGCCACAUACGCUGGGCGUACAUCUUGGCCGCGAUAGGGUGUCUGGACGGCGCGGUGCUGUCCGCGCUCGCCUUCAUCCUGGCCACGCGGCACGUGCGGCUGCGACCUGAUGCCGGGUACCCACCGCCGUCGCUAUACAAAGGCGAGGUCAACAACGGCUACGUGACGGACGCGACAUCUGUUAGCGGCUCUAGGAAGUCUCUGGCGCUGCAGCCCGUGCUCAUCAUGCACCCGCACGCGCCCAUGGACAUGGACACAUACUCCCACUACUCGGGACGGACCGCGCGAUCCAAACACGGAAUGUACGCGAACACGAUGCAUAAUUAUCAAUUAUAAUUCAACUGUAAAGCGUUUAAAAUUCUGUCCGAACAUUGGCACUACCGCUAGAUGGCGCUUUACUUUUUAAUAAAUAGUACCGGUAAUUUCCGCGAGAUGGCGCUUUUAUAAAUUAUUUUUAAAUCUAUAUACUAGAGAAGGAAGAAACAAUACAGGUGUAGUUUUAAUGCAUUACAAUAUACUUUUAAUUGUAACAUCUAGUACUUAAUAAGUGAAGUCUUAUAAAUAAACUUGUAACGUACAAAACGGUUGAACAAAUUAAAUUAAAAUUUUUAAACUACACUUAUAUUUUAAGUAUAUAUUUGUUAAACUAAAAUGUAAAUAAUUUAGAUUUAGCUGUAAGAUUUUGUACCUAACAUUUGUUAUUAUAUUUAGGUAAUAAAAACCAUCGGUUAUAUACUUUAACACUAGAUCUUCGGAUGGUAUGGUAAAUUUACUUAAAUUAAUGAAAAAAAGAACGGAUUAAAUUUAUGGUAACUUCUGAGAGGGAGCGGUAGAGGUUUUCUUCGCGUCCUACCGACUAGUGCAUAAGUACGAACUAUGUGAACUGUGUGUGACUUUACAACGUAACGAAACCCAAACUAACCAACUAGUGCCUUGUAGAAAGCCUUUUGUAUUUUGUGAAUAAUAAAAAUUUUUAUAAGCGUU